CACCACAAGCUCUCCUCGUGAAUAUUCAGGUGAGCGCCUCCCAGAGGAACCAAAUAGUUCCGGAACUGGAUGUAUUGUAACACCGAAGCGCUAAAAUAACGGCAGAACGGAUUUUCUGUGGGACAAACUCACGGGCGUCGCGGCUAAAGGGAUGCCCAGAUCUCGUCGGUUCCCGUCGUACGACAGACGCCUGCGCAGACGUUCCUCAUCGUCCAGACACAGACACAGGAGACAGAGACAGCGCUCCAGGAGCUGUGAGGAGCACCAGAGGAACGGGACGCUCACAGACAGCUUCUUCAGACAUGACUUCUGUGUGGAUCAGAGGAGCCGACGCCGCAGAAGCAGAAGCAGAACGCGCUCGUACAGCCAGAGCCGCUCCUCAUCACCUCAGAGUAACGGUCGUGUGAGAGCGUGGGCCGUUAAAGAUGACGAGGAGGGUCAUCUGAUCUAUCGGACAGGAGACGUGCUGCAGGACAGAUAUGAGAUCGUGGGGACGCUUGGGGAGGGGACUUUUGGGAAAGUGGUGGAGUGUAUUGACCAUCACAGGGGAGGCUCUCGCAUCGCUCUGAAGAUCAUCAAGAACGUAGAAAAAUACAAAGAAGCAGCUCGCCUGGAGAUCAACGUCCUGGAGAAAAUCAACCAUAAAGAUCCAGAAAACAAGAAUCUGUGUGUGCAGAUGCUGGACUGGUUCGACUAUCACGGUCACAUGUGCAUCAGCUUUGAGCUGUUAGCUCUCAGUACCUUCGACUUCAUGAAGGAGAACCAUUAUCUGCCCUUCUCCAUCAGUCAGGUGCGACACAUGGCCUACCAGAUCUGCCUCGCCGUCAAGUUUCUCCAUGACAACAGGCUGACACACACAGACCUCAAGCCAGAGAACAUCCUGUUUGUGAGCUCUGAUUACACUGUCACCUAUAACACCGAGAAGAAGCGGGACGAGCGCUGUGUGCUGGAUACUGCUGUGAGGCUGGUGGAUUUCGGCAGCGCCACGUUUGACCACGAGCAUCACAGCACCAUCGUUUCCACCCGACACUACAGAGCGCCGGAGGUGAUUCUGGAGCUGGGCUGGAGUCAGCCGUGUGACGUCUGGAGUAUCGGCUGUAUUCUGUUCGAGUUCUACCGCGGAUACACACUCUUCCAGAUAAAUGCAGCGCUGACUCAUGAUAACAGGGAGCAUCUGGCCAUGAUGGAGCGAGUACAUGGACCUGUUCCUUCCAGAAUGAUCCGGAAAACGAGGAAGCAGAAGUACUUCUACAGAGGUCGUCUGGACUGGGACGAGAGCACGUCUGCGGGACGAUACGUCCGAGAGAACUGCAGACCUCUGAGAAAGUAUGUGAUGUGUGAAACAGAGGAGCAUCAUCUCUUCUUCGAUCUGUUGGAGGGUUUGUUGGAAUACGAGCCGGAUCGGCGCUUGUCUCUCUCCGCUGCACUGCGUCAUCCCUUCUUCAAUCCCGUCCGUGACCCUGAACACUUCAGUGGCGCCCGUGACAUCAGCCGGUGACCUCUGACCUGAGCUUCCACUCCACUAGCGUCUCUGUUUGUGAGCCGCUGGUUCUGAUCCACACGAGCAGGUCAUUCAGUCUCAUGAGUUUGUCAUG